GCAUGCCAGUAUAUCAGGAUUCGUCAUAGACCGUAUAUCGCUGACACAAAUUGUCCAUUGUUUAAAAAUUAAAAAAAAAGAUCCACGCGUGCAAACAGUUUUUGCAUUUGUUAUAUAUUUAACAUUUUUUUUAAAGAUUGUUGUCCAAUCGAAAAACACUUUCUCAUGGAGUUGCAUACGUCAUUGAGAAAUCCCGGAACAACGAAUUUUUGCAAGAAAUUUGUACAUCGUAUUUGGAGUCAUGGAAAGAAGAUCGUAUUUGCAAAUUACAUAAAUAGCUAUGGAAAGAGGUUGUGUCAUUGUAAAAUGAAGCUAUCCUGUAAAAAUAAAGUGUCAUUUUUCUGUAUUGAAACAGUGAAGCCACUUAAACGCCAUAAAGGCCGUGUAAUUUUAUGAGGUAGUCAUUCCGCAUGAGAUUAGUCGAAUCCUAUUGCAAAUACGACAGGUUUCUUGGGAAACGAAGUAAACUGAUAACGGAGUAUAGAUAAGUGGUUGAUGGUAUUCGCUUAUGAUUCCAGUAAAGUUAGACAUCAGAUUGGAAAAGUACCGUUAAUUCAAUUUGUAUCUGUCGUGACAAAGUUCAAGAAGACUAUUGCCUUUUUGAGGGAUUGACAAUGGCUAUAAAGUGAGCUGGCACGCUUUUCCAAAGAAUAGGAUAGUAUCAAAAAUAUAUAAAAUUAAGAUAAAAAAUUGGUAUUUGUUUAAAAGACCAAAGAAUAAUUUGAGACAAAGAAAAUGACAUACCAGGAAUCAGCUAAUGAUUCUCUCGUAGAGAAAAAUUUGACAAAAAUCAUCAACAAGGAAAAUAAGGGAACUGGAAAUAUACCGGAAAUCAAAACGUAUCCCAGAAGAUGGGUAAUGUUAGUGCUCUUCAUCUUCUAUGCGGCUUGUACAGCCUUUCAAUGGAUACAAUACUCCAUUGUUACUAAUAUUAUAAUGACGUAUUAUGGAGUAUCGGCUAAUUCAGUAGACUGGACAUCAAUGACCUUUAUGCUCUACUAUGUACCAUUAGUAUUCCUAGCGUCGCAUUUGACCGAUCGUGCAGGAUUAAGAUGGACUGCCAUAUUGGGAUGUUGCGUCAAUUGCAUUGGUGCAUGGAUAAAAGUCUUCUCGGUUGAACGUGACAGAUUUUGGUUAACAUUCAUCGGUCAAUCGUUUGUAGCUACGACACAGGUUGUAGUACUUCCUAUGCCUGGUAGACUGGCUGCGCAUUGGUUCGGUGCUAAUGAAGUGUCCACGGCCACGUCUUUAGGUAUAUUUGGCUCUCAACUUGGAAUCGCUCUUGGUUUUGUACUGACGCCUAUAGUGGUUAGAAAACAUGAGAAUUUGGAUGAUAUCGGCGUUGACCUUUCAAAAUUAUUUUGGGGAGUGGCUAUAAUAUCGACCAUCGCUACCAUAUUGGUUAUAAUAUUCUUUCAGGAGGAGCCGAAGCUCUCACCGAGUCAGACACGCGCGCUUCAAAAGGCCACCCGAUCCGAGAACAAGGAGGGAUUCGUUGAGCCGAUGAAGAGACUCUUCAGGAACAAGUGUUUUCUCAUUCUGUGCAAUUCGUAUGGAAUGAAUAUCGGUGUUCUCAAUGCGAUUGCGACGCUCCUCAAUCAAAUUAUUCUCCUGCAUUUCAAGAAUGCAGAAAGGGAUGCUGGCUGGAUUGGUUUGUCGAUAAUAGUAACGGGAAUGUUUGGUGCUGUCACGUUUGGUGUCAUAUUGGACAAGACACAUAAAUUCAAAGCAACUGCAGUGAUCGUAUAUUUUUUGACGCUGUGUGGUCAAAUAUGCUUUGCUGUUGCUUUAUGGGUCGGUAUUAAAUGGAUGGUUUAUGUCGCAGCGUCCUUUCUUGGAUUCUUCAUGUCUGGAUAUCUGGCGCUUGGAUACGAUUUGUGUGCGGAGUAUACGUAUCCGGAAGCUGAAGGAAUCUCUACGGGAAUCUUGAACGUUGCCAAUAAUAUUUACGGCGUCUUACUUGUUUUGAUUUUCGGAAAACUCAUGGACACUUAUGGGGACAUGGCAGUCCAUAUUGGUUGUUGCAUAGCAUUGUUGGCUGGACUAAUCAUGACCAUUUUCACUAAGGAUGUUCAAAGGCGUCAAGAUACUCGAAACGCAGUUACAUAUAAAGGCGUCCUUACAGCGGAAUGCAAGGAUAGCGACAAGAAAUAAUAGAAAUCAUUAGAUUUUCAAUAUUUUUAGAAACUUUUACAAUUCUUCAUGAGGACAAGAAUUCUCUUGUUAUUUGUUUGAUAAAAGAAAGAAAGAUCUUUAUAAGAAUAAUAUUUAUUCGUACGCCCGUACACGUAAGCUGUAACUUGGAUGUGGCUAUUAUCACUGUACAAAAAUAGACUACACGUAUACUGUACUCGUAGAAAUUAUAUGAUAGGCUGGUCGAAUGCUUGACUGACGGUAGUUCACCUCUUUUAUAUCUAGGGACUAGUGAACAAGCAACAUGAGACUAGACAGUGAAACUGUCGUCAAAGAGAUACGCCUUUCUUAACUAUGGCAUCUACGUAGACAAUUUAGCUGGAAGUGGGAGCAAGGUUUCUGUUCUGAGCCGAAAAGUAAAUAGCGCCGUGUAGUAUGUGAACAAGAGAAAAGUGCAUGCGUGGUAGUAAACAUAUUAUUAAUCAUUUAGAUUUCUUUAUAACUAAUAUCGUUCCACCGAUAUAUAAAAGAUAUAAAAUUAGAGAUUUCUACUCUUAACUGAAAAAAUAAAAAUGUUUAUAACUAA